GGCACCACAAACACUUAUUUCUUUCUGCUGUGCCGAUUUAAUUUUUGUCUCUUCAUUUAUCAGGAUUAUUGCCUAGCAAGGAAAAUGGCUAUCGAUGCUCUGCGUCUAGCAAACACUGCCUUUGCAGUUGAUAUGUUCAAAAAAUUGUGUGAGAAGGACAAAACAGCCAAUAUUGUUUUUGCUCCACUGUGUACUUCAACUUCUCUGGCUCUGGCAUAUAAAGCUACCAAAGGUGACACCGCAACCCAAAUGAUAAAGGCACUCCAUUUAGAAGACAUCAAAGAUGUUUUGUUUGGGUUCCAAACGGUAACGUCUGAUGUUUCCAAACUCAGCUCUUUCUUUUCAUUGAAAAUGGUCAAACGGCUCUAUGUAGAAAAGUCUCUGAACCCUACCACGGAGUUUAUCAAUGCCACCAAGAGACCAUUUCCAUCUGAACUAGAACUAGUAGACUUCAAAGAAAAAACGGAGGAAACCAGGCAGCAGAUCAACAAAUCUGUUUCGGAGCUAACCGAUGGUAAAAUGGAGAACAUUUUGAAUGAGGGGAGUAUAAAUGACCAGACUAAGAUCCUCCUGGUUAACACGGCUUAUUUUGUAACAAACUGGAUGAAGAAGUUCCCAGAGGCACAAAUCAAAGAAUGUCCCUUUAAAAUCAACAAGACUGAAACAAAACCAGUGCAAAUGAUGAACGUGGAAGCUACGUUUUGCCUGGGCUACGUAAAGGAAUUAAAAAUAGCAAUCCUUGAGCUCCCUUGCCUCAACAAGCACAUGAGCAUGCUCAUUCUGCUACCAAAAGAGAUUGAGGAUGAUACCACUGGCUUGGAACAGCUUGAACAGGCGCUCACUCCUGAGACGUUAGUACAGUGGACCAAUCCCAGCGUGAUGGCCAAUAGCAAAGUGAACGUGUUUCUUCCCAAAUUUAAGGUGGAAGGGGAUUAUGAUCUGAAGCCUGUUUUGGAAAGCUUGGGGAUGACAGAUAUUUUUAACGAGAAUGUAGCAGACUUCUCUGAAAUGUCUGAGACUAAGGGCGUGGUUUUGUCACAGAUCAUCCAUAGAGUCUCUCUGGAAGUAAAUGAAGAAGGUGCUGAAUUGAGAGAGGUACCAGGAUAUCGGAUCCUGCAACACAAAGAUGAAUUUAAAGCUGACCAUCCAUUUAUCUUCUUGUUUAGGCAUAACAAAACCCGCAACAUUAUUCUUUCUGGCAGAUUCUGUUCUCCUUAAAUAGGGCAUAUCUAUUGAGAAAAAGCAGAAUCCAUUUGUUGUGAUUCAUAUUUCUGUAAAGCUUUGCAUCCUGAGUACCACCACUGAAAGGUAAUCUAAGAUGUUCAUAUAUCAAAUAGGCAGCACCACAUACUUUUCACAUGCAGCAGUCAUAUAAAAUGAUGCAAUUUAACUCAUUUUGUUUCACUCACCUAGAAUAAGGAAUUUAGCACCACACAGGAACGCUCAUGUGUUUCAUCAGGAAAUACCCCAUCUCCAGCAACAAACAAACAUUCAUGUUUCUCUGAUGCAUUUCAUUUUCUAAAAGAAAAUUAAAUCAAAGUCCGUUUUCCUGGAGGAAGGUGAAUUGGAAUUGCUGAGGGAUCUGGAAUUUCAUAAUGAAAGCUGGCUCAGUUUUCUAUAAAUGUAUCUUGUGCUGUAUCCAGAAUCUUUCCAAAGUGUAAUCCUACUUCCAAAAAAAAAAAAAAAAAAA